AUGUUUAGAAGAGCCCUUUUCAAUACGAGAUUCACUCCAAGGAUAAACCUUCAAACCAGAUUCAUCUCCACUGAGAUCAGAGAUGCCAUUUCAAGUGCCAUAAAAGCCACUCCAGUUGUGCUAUUCAUGAAAGGUACGCCUGAGUUCCCUCAAUGUGGAUUUUCGAGAGCCACGAUCCAAACCUUGGGCCAACAAGGAGUUGAUCCAUCAAAAUUUGCUGCUUAUAAUGUAUUGGAAGACCCUGAAUUAAGGGAUGGAAUAAAAGAGUUUAGUUCGUGGCCAACUAUACCACAAUUAUACGUCAAUGGAGAAUUUGUUGGUGGUUGUGAUAUUAUUAUGAGUAUGGCUCAAAGUGGAGAAUUGGCUGAUUUUUUAGAAAAGGAAGGUGCUUUGAUUCCUGAAGAAAAAGAUGAUGUUGAAAGUGCUGACGUUAAGCCAAAUAGAAAGUAG